AUGCGACCAAGGGAGGACGCGCCGAAGCGGAAAGCAGUCCAGAGCGAUGGACAGGGCGAGAUGGGUGUGAACAGGCUGAAAAAUGACAUCACACCUGGUCAGCGGAUCGACGCGGAACGGCGCUUGCAUGCGCUGGAGCGCGAGUUGGAGAGCAAGCAGCAAGCGCAAAAAGAGCGCACGUUGGCAUCGCGAUACCACAAAGUCAAGUUUUUUGAGCGCCAGAAGCUUUGCCGGCGAAUUGCGCAGCUGCGCAGGGCGCGAAAUGGAGAUGUCGAUAAGAAAGCGGCUAAGAAAAAGCUCGCUGCACUACAGACGCUGCGCAUGUUUUUGCAUUACGUGAUGCUUUUUCCGCAUGACAAGCGGUACGUUGCGCUGUUUGCAGAUUCUAGCACAGGGGAGCCUGUAGCGCCAAGCGAAGAUGCACCGGACAAGGCACACCGAGAAGCGGCUGAAUUUUUGCGACGCGUGCGGAAACAAAUGAAAAAAGGCGUCCUUGCUGCUGAGCCGGAGCGCGAGCUUGAAGAGCGCGGUGUGAGACGGCCAGCGAGAGAUAUUGCAGAAGAUAGCGAGGAAGAGGCGCACGAAAAAAAAGCCGAUCCCCCGCGCAAACGUCCACGCAGCGCCACGGUCGAAGGCGACGAUUUCUUUUCUAUGUAG